GAAUAAGUUUGUAGUUUCGACAAACUCUAGACAACACCAGCAACUACAGCUUAGGAGAAAGCAACACUUUAUUUUCAAACCUUUUCAUUUUGCUUUAGGGUUUUUUUUCACAUCAACGCAACAUUAUGAAAUGUUUUAUCAAAGGCUCCUAAUUCUUCGGAGAGUCUCGCAUCCUCCGCCGGCUGGUCUCGUAUGAACCGCGUCGAGGUAGCGACGACGGGUCGGGGGCUCCGCCAGCAGAGCCGGGCUUCAGGAUGAGGAUGCCCAGAGGAGGACGCCUGUUCCUGGCGACGUGCCUCGGCUCGCUCUUUGUUCUCGUGCUUUACUUUCAGAGCAUCACCAACGCAGAACCUGGUGUGAAGACCGACAGCAGACCAGGGAAAAGCAGGAGAAGUCCACUGCAGACCCUCUACAAAGGAGACCAGAUGCAGUCUGAACAGCAGCUGGAGCUGUUGGCAGCUCAGAGGUCCCUCCACGGUCGCAGGGAGCUGUUGGAGCAGGCGUGUCUGAGCCACACGAGGAAACGCCAAGUGCUUUCACCGGAGGAUCUCAAACACCUCAUUGUGGAUGAUAAACACAGCCUUAUUUACUGCUACGUACCCAAGGUAGCCUGCACCAACUGGAAGCGUGUCCUCAUGGUCCUCACCAGCGACGGCCGCUACACCGACCCCCUUGCCAUCCCCGCAAAUGAGGCCCACGUGGCGGGCAACCUCCGCACACUCUCCGAGUUCUCAGUCCCCGAGAUCAACCAGCGCCUUCGCAGCUACCUCAAGUUCAUCUUCGUGCGGGAGCCCUUCGAGCGCCUGGUGUCCGCCUAUCGUAACAAGUUCACCCGUAGCUACAACACCGCCUUCCACAAGCGCUACGGAACCAAGAUCAUCCGCCGGCACCGUCCCGACCCGGAGCCCGAAGCGCUGGAGAAAGGGAACGACGUUUCUUUCCACGAGUUUGUCCAGUACCUCGUGGACCCUCGGACCCAACGCGAGGAACCUUUUAACGAGCACUGGGAGCGGGUGCACUCCCUCUGCCACCCCUGCCUGAUCCACUACGACGUAGUGGGGAAGUACGAGACUCUGGAGCCAGACGCUCAGGCUGUGCUCAGGUUGGCUGGAGUGGAGGGGACACUUCAGUUUCCAACGUCUGGUAAAAGCACCAGGACUGACGGCAACAUGGCAGCGCGCUUUUUCAAGCACAUCAGUCCUUUCUAUCAGAAGAAACUGUUCAACCUGUAUCGAAUGGACUUCCUGCUCUUCAACUACUCCACACCAGAGUACCUCAGGACUCGAUGAGGGGGGGCAGAGACAAGAGGACAAGUGUGAUAGUUGUGAUGGUUUUCCUUUCACAUCCCAUUUAGACUUUUUUUGUUAUUUUUUUUUUAUUCGUGAUGAUCAUUUUUGCACUUUUUGGUUGCCAUGGACAUGUUGUCGUCGCUGCCUGGAGUGGUCCAUCGCAAGCACCGGCUUGUCACUGUGACGCUCCGACAAUAACGGCUGUGGAGAUUGACUCGAUGUUUUGGUUUCAGUGAACGGAACUUUUGUAAAUGCAACCCAAUGUCUUCCUGAGAAAAAAAGACAAGACACUUUGUGCUGUAGUAUUCUGCAACGCUUCCGUGAUAUGUGUCCGUUUGCCUUCUAGUGUGAAAAGGGUGUUUUGUUUUUAACAGUCAGCAGAACAGAAGGCGGACGGCUUGUUCCCACAACGUGUUUGAAAAAUGCAAGCGACGCAUUAGCUGUCUUUACAAACAGGUCCAGUUGGAAAUUCAGUAUUUAUUUUGUGUUCACCUGAUUGCCAUUCGUUACAAAUUGUCAAAUUGAGAGAACCUUUUUAUUGACUUUCAGCUUUAUCGUCGUUGGUGUAAUUAACGGAAGUUAAAGUGACUCCCAUGGCUUGUUCCUUAAAGUCACACUUCCGAGGAGCAGGUUCUCCUCUUGCAUGGGUGGUGUACAGGUGUAAUGGGCUAACUGUGAAACUGAACACAGCUGAUUCAUUCACUUACAGUAGAAUAUCUCUGGAUGGCAUUUAUUUAUGUAUGUCAGUGCAUAAAGUAUUUAUUGUUAUAGAAACGUGUGUGUGUGUGUGUGUGUGUGUGUGUAUGCGUGUGUGUGUGUGUGUGUGUGUGUGUGUGUGUGUGCGUUAGUAAGGAUUUGGGCUCAUGAUUUGGUGAAAAUGACUUUUACAUGAAAGAACAGUUCAGAGGGAUUUAUUUUUUAUGCAUGAAAAGUUACUUGCUUUUUUGGCUUUUGGACAUACAUAAACUCAUCACAUCCUACUCUUUUUUUAUUUUUUAUUUAUUUUUUUUAAAUCAACUUCUCUGAUCAAACCCUAGUUCCAAAACCGUUGCCUGGGCUUGUCUUAUCUUAAUUGUCACAGCACUCGUUGACAAUAUCUUAAAUGUGUAUCUGAGAGUCAUUUCCAGGGGAACUUGCAGUCACUCCUUACUCCUUAAUUCCAGUAAAAGUCAGUUACCAUCCCUCCUCUAUCACUGUCUGUAUUUAGCUCUGGGCAGGUAGGCUGAACAAACAAGCACAUAGCUGUGGUCAGGGCUGGGUCCGGCCCAGCGCUAGCCCUGGUCAGAGCUCCCCUUGUUAGCGUGAAUGCAGUCACAUGAAGGGGUUAAUCCACCUAUAGGCAUCGCCACUGCAGGGCCUUGUUCAGCAAAUGUGACGGAAUUUACAUCAAGAAUAAUACAGGUGUUAAUAUAGAAAAGUGGGUUACACUUUACUUGAAGGUAUCUCAAAAGAGUGACAUGACACUGUCAUGAACGUGUCAUAAACAUUAUAAAC